AUGUGGGUGCUGCAGCCCACAGCCGCCGCCAGGGGCGUGCACAGGCGGCCUGCGCUCCAGCGCCCACGACGCACGCAGCGACCUUGGCGCGGCCUUCCCGCAGCACACGCACCUGCCAAGCGCGCGCGGCUGUGCCACACCACACCCAUACCUCCCCCCCAGACUGACUGUGCCCCAGCCUUGCCCCCGCCGCUGCAGGACAAGGCCAAGGGCGGCGACGCGGGCGGCGGCGGCGCCGCCGCCGGCGACGCACCCGGCAGCACGCCGCCGCGCCACCACAAGCGCCCGCCCGUGUGGCAGCUCAUCACCAGCAACCUGUACACGCACCGGGAGCGCAAGGAGCAGGACGAGGACGACAUCAUGAUCUGCCAGUGCAAGAAGAUCUGGGCCACAGACGGCACCACCGUCGGCUGCGGCGCCGAGUGCCUCAAUCGCAUGCUCAACAUCGAAUGUGUUGAGGAGUACUGCCCCAGUGGCCACCGCUGCUCCAACCAGAUGUUCACCAAGCGGGAGUACUCCAAACUGGAUGUGAAGCGCGCGGGGGCCAAGGGCUUUGGACUGUUUGCUGCGGAGGACAUGAAGGCGGGGCAGUUUCUGAUCGAGUACCUGGGGGAGGUGCUGGAGGAGGAGGAGUACCACCGCAGGCAAGGCGCCGCUUGGAAGGAGUACUUUAUUGAGACCGGGCAGCGCCACUACUACUUCAUGAAUGUGGGCAACGGCGAGGUCAUCGACGCGUCGCGGCGGGGCAACCUGGGGCGCUUCAUCAACCACAGCUGCGAGCCCAACUGCGAGACGCAGAAGUGGGUGGUUCACGGCGAGCUGGCCAUUGGGCUGUUCACGCUGGAAGACAUCUCCGCCGGCACCGAACUCACCUUUGACUACAACUUCGAGCGAUACGGGGACAAGCCGAUGAAGUGCCUGUGCGGCUCCAAGAACUGCCGCGGCGUGAUCGGCGGCACGCAGGACAAGGAGGGCAGCGCGGCGACGCGCGCCGCCAUCGAGGCUGCGGUGGAGGUGCUGGAGGAUGAGCAGGACCCCGAUUUCAUCAUGGUGACAGAGAAGGAGCACGACGCCUCUCUGAAUGCCAUCCUUGACCGAGUGGUGGGGCUGGGCUGGGAGAAGGGCUGGACGCCCAAGCUG